GCUUCCGCUUCCGGUGUGUACGGUCAGAGUCAGAGCAGAGCCCGUGAGGAGCGCAGGUCUGUGUUCGGAUCCCGGCGAGAAUGAGGCGCUCGGAGGACAGCAGCAGCUGCGUGGGAGAGAUCUUCAGGUGCAGGACUGGGCUCCUCAGACACUGAACAACACAGAGAUGUCUCAGACUCCACACAGGAGAAGAGUGCUGACCACAGAGCCUGCAGACAGAGAGACGAGGUCACGAGAGCAUAGGUUGAGGUUAUUAGCAGAGAAACGGAAAACGAGUCCAUACUUCAGUGGAAGGAGUGAGGCUCUCAGUGCCCCGAAGCGCAAGGCCUUCAGGAAGUGGACUCCGCCGCGCUCGCCCUUCAACCUGGUGCAGGAGACGCUGUUUCACGACCCCUGGAAGCUGCUGGUGGCCACGGUCUUCCUCAACAGGACCAGCGGUAAGAUGGCGAUCCCGGUGCUGUGGCAGUUCUUCGAGCUCUAUCCGAGCGCAGAGGUGACGCGGGCGAGCGACUGGAGACCUCUGUCUGUCCUGCUGCAGCCGCUCGGUCUCAGCACGCUCCGCGCCAAAACACUGAUCCGCUUCUCCGAUGAGUAUCUGAGUAAAUCGUGGCGGUAUCCCAUCGAGCUCCAUGGCAUUGGCAAAUACGGCAACGACUCGUACCGUAUCUUCUGUGUGGAGGAGUGGAGAGAGGUCACUCCAGAUGACCACAAGCUCAACGACUAUCACGCCUGGCUCUGGAAGAACCAGGAGCAACUAGGAAUCUGAUUUUCUGAUCUCUGAAUAAAUCAUAAUGUCUGCAGCACACAUGUGAAUCAGUGUCAGAUCUGUCUCCUCAGA